AAAAAACACCCAGCUUGUUCAAGCACGCAAGUCAGUCAAAUCUCACGCUUUUCUGCAUAAAAAGAUGGUCUUUUAAGUGACAUAGAGUGCUGAUAUUUCCCCCAGCCAUCACCUGACCCCUCUGGUAUCCCCCAUCCCGUCAUCACCAUGGAGACUGCCAACAACUAUGUGCUGAUCCAUGGGAAGAACAUCUCCCAUAAUACCCUGGCCGGCGCCGCUGCCGGGCCCCACAUGUCAAUCGACAAGCUUUUCCCGGCUUUGCUUGAGUGCUUUGGCAUCAUAUUGUGUGGCUACAUAGCUGGCAGGGCAGAUAUCAUCACAGGGAGCCAGGCUAAGGGUCUGGGGAACUUUGUGUCAAAGUUUGCUCUGCCAGCUCUGCUCUUUAAAAACAUGGUGCUGUUGGACUUUGGAGAUGUCAUCUGGGCGUUUCUCUGGAGUGUCCUGGUUGCAAAGGUGACGGUCUUUGUGCUGGUAUGUGUGCUGACACUGAUGGUGGCCAGUCCAGAAAACAGAUACAGCAAAGCCGGUCUGUACGCCAUCUUUGCUACGCAGAGCAAUGACUUUGCUUUGGGAUACCCGAUAGUUGAUGCUCUGUACCGGAGCACAUAUCCAGAGUACCUCCAGUACAUCUAUCUAGUUGCUCCAGUCUCCCUCAUGAUCCUCAACCCCAUUGGUUUUGCUCUUUGUGAAGUGCAGAAGUGGAGGCAGGCCAGCCAUCCACAACACAGCACAGCUGGCAUUGUGGGAGUUGUAGUGCUACAGGUGUUGAAAAACCCCAUAGUGUUCAUGGUGAUCGUGGGAAUCGUCUCUCAUUUUGCCCUGGACCAGCAGAUCCCAGCUGUGCUGUCAGAGUUCAUAGAUGGCCUGGCCAACUCUUUUGGAGGAGCAGCCUUGUUUUACUUGGGCCUCAGUAUGGUCGGGCAGCUUAGAAAACUAACCAGAGACACUGGAGUUGCCUUGAUUCUGCUCAUCACAGCCAAACUGCUGGUGAUGCCGUUGGUCUGUAAAGACAUGGUGGAUAUUCUGGACGUAGGAGUAAACAGCACGAAUGCCAACCACACCAGUUUGUCUAACUUUGCUUUCCUAUAUGGAGUCUUCCCAACCGCACCUAGUGUGGCCAUCUAUGCUUCACACUAUAACAUGGAGGUAGAGGUGGUAACAUCAGGGAUGGUAAUCAGUACAUUUCUCUCUGCGCCGAUCAUGUACGUGUCGGCUUGGUUAUUAACAAUCCCUCUGAUGGAUCCAACGCCCCUGGUGACAGAGCUUGAGAACGUUAGCUUCAACAUCAGCAUUGUCAGCCUCAUAGCACUGGUCUGGACUAUAGCCGUGAUGUUGCUCAGUAGGAAGUUUAACAGACUUCCUCACCUCUUUGCCUUAAAUCUUUUCCUGGCUCAGUUCCUGGUGUGUGUCAGUAUGAUCCUGUGGAACUUCUUAGUGAAACAAGAGGAUAAUCUGUUUGGCAAAAUUCUCACCUUCACUCUGCUCUACGGGUCUCUGUACAGCACAUACAUUUGGACAGGUUUAAUACCGCUGUGUCUGGCUCUGACUAACAGGGAUGAUCUGUUGAGACUGCGGCCAGGAGUCUUCAUGAUUUUGGGCUGGGGGGUUCCCUUUCUGAUGGUCGGCAGUCUCCUUCUAACUGGAGAGAGGACUGAUACCAUAGACUCUGCCUUCUUCUACGGCAGAGCUCAGAUAAUCAGUACAGCAGUGGUGCUUGCAGUUAGCUUGGUGCUUGGUGCAAUAUCUUUGAUGGGUCUCAGUCAAGGAGACAGGGAGCAGAGUGGCUACCAGGCCCUGAACAGAGCUGCUUUAACAGGCAUCAAUGAUGAGAUGAGGACCCCUGGUGGUGUGGAGGAUUCACAACAACAACAACAACAGCAGUCACAAACCGCCAAUUCCCCUGCCAGCAUCAACUCAGACCUCCACAGCUGUUCUCCUCUCCAGUCGUUACCUGACAUGAUCGCCAGCACGCAGAGGGAGCACACAAACAACACAGGUCACAUUGGGGAAUUGUGUGACGGGCAGCAGCAGCAGAGUUCGUCCUCCCCUUCAGAGCAGCCGCUGAACCUGCCACCACCUGCUGGGCUUCAAACCACCGACGACAAACAGACAGUCAGACACGUUCUACUCUGUCUGCUGCUCAUCGUCAGCCUGCUCGCGAACCUGUCCAGCUGUUUGUGGUGGUUGUUCAACAAAGAUCCAGGAAGACUUUAUCUUGAGCUACAGUUCUUCUGUGCGGUGGCAAACUAUGGACAGGGUUUCCUCUCUUUUGGGAUCUUUGGUUUGGACAGACACCUCAUCAUCCUGCCUUUCAAAAAGAGGUUGCUCAGCUUGUGGCAGGGCAGGGACAGUGAAGAGUUGAGUCCUUCAAGUGUACCAGAGGAGGUCAGACUUACCUGUACUCAGUUUGUCCGCUACCACAAAGACCAGUGUGUACAAGAUUUAGUUCACACACGCAGUGGCUCAGGGGAGAGUGUGAGCGCUUCGACAGGUGAAUCCUUCCUCUGAUAAUGACAGGUUUGGAGGAGGGGGAGGAGGAGGAGGACAGGAGGAGGAAGGGGGAAAUGGGCUUUUGAGACAUUCCCCUUC